AAAGCUGUUUGCCAACCGCCAAAAGCAGCAGCAGAAGAAGAAGCAUUUCCGGUUUAACUAAAUUGCAGACCUCCAUUAUUCCGCAUUCAUCUCAACCUUUAACUGUUUUUUUUGGCUGUAGCUGUUUCCAUUCCAGUUAGAAUUUAAUUCUGAAUAUUAUAAAAAAUCCAACAGGCCGCCGGAGAGGCUUUCAUUUUGAAACCUUUUCCCCGGAAGUCGUAUUAUCCGACUUUAAUGAUGCGAGCAGUGAGCGGAGUGAAUCCGCUGCCUGGCUGUAAAUAACCGCAGGAAAACGGCAGUAUUCAGUAUAGUAAGGGGAGGAGAGAUGGACCGACACCGUGAAGUGCUGGAUGUCCUUUCAAACCCUGAAACGAAGCUGCGAACAGAAGCUUUACCUUUCGAUGUGCGAAAAGUGAUUGUUGGUGAAGAAGAGCAGCAGGAGUGGAGCUCCAGUCUGGACCAGGAGGAACCAGAGCCCCCACACAUUAAAGAGGAACAGGAGGAACUCUGGACCAAUCAGGAGGGAGAGCAGCUUCAACGGCUGCAGGAGGCUGAUAUCACCAAGUUCACAUUCACUCCUGUCCCUGUGAAGACUGAAGAUGAUGAAGAGAAACCUCAGUCCUCACAGCUUCAUCAAAGACAAACUGAACAGAUGAAAACAGAAGCUGAUGGAGAGGACUGUGGAGGAUCAGAACCAGCCAGGAACUCACAUCCAGAUAGACAUUUACAACCAGAUACUGAUGACAAGACUUCAGACUCUUCUGAGACUGAUGUCAGUGAUGAUGACUGGGCACAGACAAGGAAACCUCAAUCACGAUUAGACACUCUGAAAAAUAAUGACGACCCUUUAAGUGACAUAAGUUGUAACGCUGCUCAGAGAUCAUUUAGCUGCUCUGAAUGUGGUCAAAGAUUUGGUCGGAAGCCACAUCUGAACGCACACAUGAGAAUUCACACAGGAGAGAAACCAUUUAGCUGCUCCUUCUGUGGCAAAAGAUUUUCUCAAAAGGGAAACUCAAUCAGUCACAUGAGACUUCACACAGGAGAAAAACCGUUCAGUUGCACAGUUUGUAAGAAAACAUUCAGAUAUAGUGGAGAUGUUAGCAGACACAUGAGAAUCCACACAGGAAAGAAAACAACCAGCAGUAACGUCAGAGACAUGACUGACAAUAACAUUCAUACAGGAUCAGAACCAGCCAGCAACAUGGAUCCAGAUAGUCAUUUAAAACCAGUUACUUAUGAUAAAGCUUUAGAAGCUGAGGCUGAUAACAGUGAUGACUGGAAGGAGAUCAGUGAACCUCAGGCAGGUGUAAACUCUCUGGAAAAUGACGAUGAAAGUGAUGUGCAAUGUAAUACUGACAAGGAGUCAUUUAGCUGCUCUGAAUGUGGGAGAACAUUUUGCCGCAGGGACCAUCUGAUGAGCCACAUGAGAACGCACACGGGGGAGAAACCGUUCAGUUGCUCCGUUUGUCAGAAACGUUUCAGCUGCAGCGGAAACAUUUUAGCGCACAUGAGAAUUCACACCGGAGAGAAACCGUUCGAAUGCUCAUUCUGCGGCAAAAGCUUCAGCCAGAAAGGAACUCUGCAGCUACACGUGAGAAUUCACACGGGAGAGAAACCGUUCAGUUGCCCGUUUUGUGAUAAAAGAUUUGCCCAUAAAAGACGUAUGACACUGCACAUGUCGGUCCACACAGAGGAAAAGCGAUUCAGCUGCAACGUUUGUGAGAAAAGAUUCACAUGGUACACGCAGCUCAAAACACACAAGUGUAUCGGUGAGUCUUCACAGAUUCGUCAAAGCCAAACUGAGAAAAAAGUUACUGCCAAGGAGUCAUUUAGCUGCACUGAGUGUGGUAAAACAUUUAGUCUGAAGGGGAAUCUGAAAACGCACAUGAGGAUUCACACAGGAGAGAAACCGUUCAGUUGCUCAGUUUGCGGUAAGAGUUUUAAACAAAACGUUCAUCUGACGGAGCACAUGACGAUUCAUACCGGGGAGAAACUCUACAAAUGCAGCGUUUGUGGCAAAGGAUUCAAUAAGAAAUUACUUGUCAAAAAUCACACGUGUGCUUAAUCGGUAGACGGUUUUCACAUCUCUUUUAAGCACAUUCUGAAUUCAUGCAUUUGUAUUUAUAAAGACAGUGAGUGGAAAGUAUCAUUUUGCAGUUAGAUAAGAUUGUCUCACAAACUAUCUGUAUGUGCCCAGUACCUGGAUUAUGUUCAAAGCUGACAUUCAGGAUCAGCUUUCAGGUUGCCAAAUGGAUCCAUUUUGAGACAAAUCUGGCAGCUAAAAAGUCUUGACUGACUGUUUAAAACAGGUGGAUAGUAAACAAUAGUUAAGAUUCUUCUAUUUAAACCUAAAGUUCAUCACCUGAGCUCUGAAACAGAACAUCCAGGUCAGUUCGUCAAAGAGACAUGGAAUACACAACGAGUUAUUGAUCACAUAAAUAUUCUAGGAUUACUUUAUUUAUACUAGAGCUGCAACAAUCAGUUGGUUAAUGAGUAGUCGACCAACAGAAAAUUAAUCACCAACUAUUUUAACCCUUAAAGACCCACCAGAGACCCAUUUUUGUCCUUUUUAGGGGGGGCAGGGAUGUUUAGGGGGAGAUAGCAGGUCAACGGUAGAUGCCACAUAGA